AUGGCUUCUUUCAAUUUGUCUGGCCUCAAGAGGAAGGACCUCCUUCAACAGAAGGGCUAUGUCACGGGAAUCCGAUCUUCCUCUCUUAGCGGGACCACUUUUGAAGUGCGUAAUCCAGCAACCCUCAAAACUAUAGCGACUCUUCCAGAGAUGGAUGCCGCAGAUACUGAGAGAGCCAUCGAAUUCGCCCACGAGACCUUCGAAUCGUACAAGAAAACUCAAGCACGGCAGCGAGCACGAUGGCUCCGACGCUGGAGCGACCUCUGCCUAGAGAAUAUAGAUGACUUGGCCCUCAUCCUCACUCUUGAAAACGGCAAGACCAUUGCUGAAUCGCGCGGCGAAGUGGCAUAUGGCGCCUCAUUCCUCGAGUGGUUUGCCGGCGAAGCGGAACGGACUUAUGGCGAAGUCGUCCCAGCCGCAAACACCAGCCAGCGCAUCCUAACUAUCAAAGAAUCGAUUGGGGUCGCGGCGAUCCUUGUGCCUUGGAACUUUCCUAUCGCUAUGAUCACCCGUAAGGUUGGCGCUGCAUUGGCUGCUGGGUGCACAACCGUCUGGAAACCCGCUGGAGAGACUCCUUUGAGCGCCCUAGCACAAGCAACGUUGGCACAAGAGGCAGGGGUUCCAGCGGGAGCCAUCAACGUCAUCACUACACUGACCAAAGUGGCAGAGGUUGGACGGGUGUUGUGCGAGUCCAGGCUUGUGCGGAAGCUCAGCUUCACGGGGUCUACCAAUAUAGGCAAGCUGCUCGCCCGGCAGUGUGCUGGUAGUUUAACCAAGCUUUCGCUGGAGCUCGGCGGGAAUAGCCCCUUUAUUGUCUUCGAUGAUGCCAAGCUCGAGACUGCAGUGGGAGCUUGCAUUCAAGCCAGGACGCGCAACGCCGGCCAGACAUGUGUGUCUGCGAACCGCAUAUUCGUCCAGGAUGGAAUCUAUGACCGGUUCACAGGGGCCUUGGUCAAUCGGCUCAAGGAACUAAAAGUCGGAUUGGGCACAGCGGAGGGAGUGUCGAUCGGACCUCUCACACAUGAGCGCGCGGUUGAGAAAGCAUUGAAUCACAUCAAAGAUGCCGAAUCUCGCGGUGCGUCUGUACUUCUCGGUGGUGCCUCGUUUCAACCUGGCGGCCUUCCGGGUUAUUUCAUUCAACCCACUAUUCUGAGUGAUGUGUCCCCGGAAUCGCUUUGCACUCACGAGGAGGCAUUUGCCCCUAUCUUCGCUCUCUACCGCUUCAAGACCGAGGUGGAAGUCUUGAAAAAUGCCAACGCCUGUGAUGUCGGCUUGGGCAGCUACGUCAUGACCGAAAGCGUUGCACGCAUGUGGAGAGUGGCCGAGAGUCUCGAGGUUGGCAUGGUCGCAGUCAACCAGGGAUCAAUGAGUGCAUGCGAGAGUCCGUUUGGAGGCCUGAGCUUAGGUAUCAAAGAAUCGGGGUAUGGGCGGGAAGGUGGACAUCAUGGAAUUGAGGAGUAUCUUACAGUCAAGAGCAUACUGAUCAACGUGGCUGAUUAAAAACCAAGAGUUCGUAGAUAAAUUAGUCAUAUGUAAUGUUGGAAAAUCCGG